UCAGCUCAUCUGUCAUUUCAAUACUCAACCAGUUUUGAAGAGUUUGUCUUUUCAUAUUUGUGCACUGAAACCGCUGAAGAUGUUUGACAGAUUUUGGGUCUGUUUGUGGCUUCUGGCUGGUGUGUUUGUUGAUUCAGAUGCAGUGAAGUCAGUGUCAGUGAUGGAGGGAGAUUCAGUCACUCUGCAGGCUAACACUGAACUACAGACAGAUUAUGUGAUUGCAUGGACAUUUGGACAGACUCUUAUAGCUCAAAUAGAUAAAAAGGAUGGAAUCUUCUCCACAUUUGAUGUUCUUGAUGGGAGAUUCAGAGACAGACUGAAGCUGGAUCAUCAGACUGGAUCUCUGACCAUCACAAACACUAGAACCAUAGACUCUGGCCUUUAUGAAGUGGAGAUCAUCAUUGGGGAAAGAAGAGACACCACAUAUAGAUUCAAUGUCACUGUCUCUGGUGUGUUUGCUGAUUUAGAUGCAGUGAAGUCAGUGAUGGAGGGAGAUUCAGUCACUCUACAGACUAACGCUGAAAUAAAGACAAAUGAUGUGAUUACAUGGACAUUUGGACUUUCAGAGACUCGUAUAGCUGAAAUUGAUAAAAAGACCAGAAUGUUCUCCAUAUCAGCCUCACAUGAGCUCAUGUGUCAUUUCAAUACUGAACUAGUUUUAAAGAGUUUGUCUUUUUGUAUUUGUGGACUGAAACAGUUGAAGAUGUUUGACAGAUUUUGGUUCUGUUUGUUUUUGUGGCUUCUGGUUGGUGUGUUUGCUGAUUCAGAUGCAGUGAAGUCAGGGUCAGUGAUGGAGGGAGAUUCAGUCACUCUACAGACUAACACUGAACUACAGUCAGAUUAUGUGAUUUUAUGGGCAUUUGGACAGCAACAGACUCUUAUAGGUCAAAUAAUUAAACAGGCUGGAAUCUUCUCCACAUUUGAUGUCCUUGAUGGGAGAUUCAGAGACAGACUAAAGAUGGAUCAUCAGACUGGAUCUCUGACCAUCACAAACACCAGAACCACAGACUCUGGCCUUUAUGAAGUGGGGGUCAUCGUUGGGAGAAGAAGAGACACCACAUACAGAUUCAAUGUCACUGUCUCUGGUGUGUUUGCUGAUUUAGAUGCAGUGAAGUCAGUGUCAGUAAUGGAGGGAGAUUCAGUCACUCUACAGACUAACACUGAACUACAGACAGAGGAUCGGAUAAUGUGGACAUUUGGAAUUUCAGAGACUCGUAUAGCUGACAUUGAUAAAAAGACCAGAAUGUUCUCCAUGUAUGAUGUUCUUGAUGGGAGAUUCAGAGACAGACUGAAGCUGGAUCAUCAGACUGGAUCUCUGACCAUCACAAACACCAGAACCACAGACUCUGGACUUUAUCAAGUGAUCAUCAGUAGCAGAAAGGCCAGAUACAGAUUCAAUGUUACUGUCUCUGGUGUGUUUGCUGAUUCAGAUGCAGUGAAGUCAGUGUCAGUGAUGGAGGGAGAUUCAGUCACUCUAGAAUCUGGUGUUACUGAAAUACAGACAGACGAAUUGUUAAUGUGGACAUUUGGUCAUCCAGAGACUCGCAUAGCUCAAAUCUAUAAAGAGACUGGAAUCUUUUCCACAUAUGAUGGUGUUGAUGGGAAAUUCAGAGACAGACUGGAGCUGGAUCGUCAAAAUGGAUCUCUGACCAUCAGAAACACCAAAACCACAGACACUGGACUUUAUCAAAUAUUCACCAGAAGCAGGAAAGAGACCACAUACCGAUUUAAUUUUACUGUCUAUGCUCAUCUGCCUGUUCCUGUCAUCAGCAAAGACUGUUCAUCAUCAUCAUAUUGUUCAUUGUUGUGUUCAGUGUUUAAUGUGAGUCAGGUGACUCUCUCUUGGUACAAAGAAAACUAUUUAUUGUCCAGCAUCAUUGUGUCUGAUCUCAGCAUCAGUCUCUCUCUACCUCUGGAGGUGGAAUAUGAGGAUAAAAACAUCUACAGCUGUGUGAUCAACAAUCCCAUCAGAAACCAGACUCAACGUCUGAACAUCAGCAAACUCUGUAACACAUGUCCAGGCUCAGUUCACUGUUGCUCUACUGAAGCUAUGAUCCGAUUGGUCCUCUCUGCCUUGGUCGGCGUGGCUACUGUAAUUAUUCUGGUUUAUGACAUCAGAUGCAGUAGAGCUGAACAGGAUGGAGCACAUAUUCACACCAGAAACAAUUGAAAUCUAAGUCAGAAUGCAGAAUUUUAAAGGUUCUUCAAAAGUAAUUUUGUUCCUCAAUUGUUUUUGUCAUAACUACUGGUGAUUGCUUGACGUUGUUUCGCCUUUUUCUAAUCCAUUUUAAAAGGUCUUAUUGUUUAUAUUCUCCUCAGAUAGGAUAUGCAGGUCUCACUUUACCAUUACUGCUAUCUACAUGCCUUAUGCAUCUGCCUGCAAUUAUCAAUAAAGUUUUCUCUAAGGUUAAA